ACGGAAGCUGGGGAAAGUUUUUAAUAGGUGAAACAUCUUUGCUCUGCCGUGUUCACUUGUGCAGGUUGUUUGAGAAAACUUGGUCGCUCUGCAUUUUCCAACCACUGGUAAAAUCCAUCAUCAGAUAUUAGACAUUAUGGAGGCAGCUGCUCCUGAGAAAGUCAUCCGUCACUCCCACUCUCUGGGUCCUGGUGAAAAGGAGUAUGUUCACAAGAGGAAACAAAAAGUUCUGGAGGCGCUCAAGAAACUGAAAGUCGAAUGUGAUGCAAAUAAUGUUCCCAGCAUUGCUCUGCUGGGGUCAGGUGGGGGUCAAAGAGCAGACGUGAGUCUCAUGGGUACUCUCUAUCAGAUGGAAAAAGAAGGUCUGUUGGACACUCUGGUCUAUGUAGGAGGACUUUCUGGGUCAACAUGGUGCAUGUCGUCCGUGUACAAUGAUCCAGAAUGGAGCUCCAACAUGGACAGAGCAAUGUCCAGGCUGUUUCGUCCUGGUAUUGAGAUGAAGCAGGCUGUGGACUGGUUGUGUGAACAGAUGAACGAUGAGGAUUUCUCUUUAUCUGAUGUGUGGGGGGCUUUGACCUCUGUUGAGUUCAUAAAAGAGAUGGACCAACGACAUCUUUCAGAUGAGGCCAGAAGAAAUACCUUCAACCCUUACCCCAUCUACAACGCCAUAAACAAGGAUUGCUUUACAGAUGGGCCUCCAGAAGGGAAAUGGUUCGAGCUGAGCCCACACGAGGCUGGUUUCACAGAGCUGGGUUUCUUCAUUGAAACUUCUCUUCUGGGCAGCAAAUUCAAGAAUGGAAAGUUGCUGGAGAAGAAGCCAGAGAUGGACAUGGUCAAACUGGAAGGUAUCCUUGGUUCUGCAUUGGCUAGUGGGGAAGUUAUAAAAGAGUACAUCCUGAACUGGCUGAAAGGACUCUUCCAUCUUGGUGAUGUUACUAAAGAGCAACAGAGUGUACUAGCUGUUCUUGAUGAAGUAAUAGCUGUGACCAGAAACCCCACUAAGAUUUCUCCUGUGGUGUUUGACCUGGGCCCACUGCAGGGUAUACCAGAAGUGACCAAGGCAAACCAUACUCUGAAUUUGUGGGUGGAGGCAAAGAGUCCAGAGGAAAGAAAUCGUCUUGCUAAACAGUGGAGUCUGGAGAUGAUAGCUGCAGUGGAUACAUGGACCCAAAGUCAGCGGAAAGGAGGUUUCAUAGACAUAGCCAAACUGGUUGGAAAAAUCCUUUGGCUGAUUUGGUAUUGGGUUUGGGGAACUACUGAAAACUUCCUCUACCAAGAUCGCACCGCUCCAACUUACCUCAGCUCAAAUGAGAGAUUCCAUCUGAUGGAUGCCGGGCUGCUGAUGAAUGUACCCUACCCUGCAUUUCUGGGAGACAAGAGAGACAUCGACCUCAUCAUCGCACCAGAUUACAGCGCUGGAAAAGCGUUUGAGACCCUGACUCUUGCCAGAGACUAUGCAGCUGAGGUGAAGAAGCCUUUCCCAGAGAUAGACGACAAAAUCCUGAAGGAGAGAGACUGGCCAAAGGACUGCUAUGUGUUUGAGGGAAAAGAGAAGGAGCCCACGAUUGUUUACAUGCCACUCUUCAACAGACGCAACUGCAAAGAUGCAGAGGAGGUCAAAGCAAAGAUGGACAAGUUCUCCACCUUCCAACGUCCCUACAAAAGGGAGAAGAUUGAGUCUCUGUUGGAGAUAGUGAAAGCCAACGUGAAGAACAACAAGGGAACUCUGCUGAAGGAGAUCAACAAAGCUGUUCGCCGCAGAGAGAAGAAGUAGGAGUAGCGAUGGGUGUCAGAGAUCAGAGAUGAUCUUGAGGCAUUUAUCUGUGUGUUACAGUGUGUGUGCUUGUCUUAGGCAUAUACUUAACCAUUUAUCUGCUAGUAAGUGAUCAUGUUAAAUUUUAACAGGUGUGUGAAAUAGUAUCUGAUUUUGGUUUGAUUCCAUAUAUGUUCAAGACGUGUGACAAUCAUUUAUAAAGGCUUGCUCAUGUUUAUGUUGGGAAAAACAGCAUUUGGCAUUUUGUAGUGUAAGUAUGUGUGAGGGAAAUAGAGUGUAAGGUAAUAAUAGGAACAGCUGUGUUUAAACUCACCCCCCUGCCCUGCCCUUGAUAACAGGGUUAAAUCUGUGGUGGAAAGUUU